UUUCUCGCGAGAUUUGACAGCACUGCGCGUGAACGGAAAAGACCAAGAAACGGCAAGUUGGCGUUCGACGGAGAAGACUUAUUGUGGUUAUGAUAGUACUUUGUUCUUAAUCCGUACGUACAUGUACACAUAUAUGCUGUUUAAUAGUGCAAACUUCGUUAAUAUUUGUUUGUGUCGGAUAAAUUAGUCCGAGCGCACUUUGACGCUCCUCGUGUUAGCUUAGCGUGCUAGUUAGCUUAGCGUGUUAGCUGCUAACAAAGAGAGGCGGAAGUGAUCAAAACACAUCGCUAAGCAGAGAUCAAGUGUGAGUGUAACGUGUUGUGAUUGUGUGAAAAUGUGCGAAAGAACGAUAGCAGAGUACGAGGAGGAACUACUGGACGCUGUUUUCGAAGAAUAUGAAGUUUUGUCACAAAGAACAGACCAGCAGCCCCCCCACAUUAAGGAGGAAGUGUGGAUCACUCAGGAGGAAGAGUGUCUUCUAGGGCAGGAGGAGGCUGAUCUCACCAAGUUUCCACUGACUGUUGUCUCUGUGAAGACUGAAGAGCAUGAAGACAAACCACCUGAGUCCUCACAGCGUCAUCACAGUCCAAAUGUCUGUGAAGAACAUAUUCUCCCUGAGCAGCAGGAGUGGACCUCCAGGAUAGAGCAGGAGGAGCCGCAGCCCCCCUAUAUUAAAGAGGAGGAAGACCUAAAGCCGCCACACAUCAAAGAUGAAGAGGAGGAGUCGCAGCCCCACCACCAUAACAAGGAAAAAGAGGAACACAGCGACGAUCUUAAAGGACUGGAGGAGGUUGAUGUCACCAAGAUGCCAGUGACUGGUGUCCCUGUGAAGAGUGAAGGCGAUGAGGUCAAAGGUGAAAGUGAGGAGAAGAGAGAGGCGGAGCCUCCAAGCAGCAGCUCAACUCAACACAUGACAACAGAAGCUGAUGGAGACCACUGUGGAGGAUCACAAGCAGACAAGCUCUUAGCUCCACUAUCAGAUAGUGAGGACACAACGUCACACUCUCCUGACACUGAUGAUGAAGACUCUAAAGAUGAUAAGACAUGUCACACUGACAACACACACUUCACAUGCUAUCUCUGUGACAAAACCUUUAGUAAUUGCUAUCGGGAAAUACACAUGAGAAAGCACACAGGGGAGAGACCUUUUUCCUGUUCAAAAUGUGGUAAAAGCUUUCAACGAAACGACAUGUUGAAAGACCACAUGAGAACACACACUGGAGAUAAACCUUUUUCCUGCUCAGAAUGUGGUAAAAGUUUUGUAAAAAGUAGCCAUUUGAAAGUGCACAUGAGAAUACACACUGGAGAAAAACUUACAAAAGAUAAGACACGUCACACUGACAAUACACGCUUUAAAUGUUCUCACUGUGACAAAACCUUUAGAUACCGUAGUGUUCUAAUAAGACACGUGCGAAAACACACUGGUGAAAAACCUUUUUCCUGCUCAGAAUGUGGUAAAGGUUUUGCACAACGUGUCGCUUUGAAAGUGCACAUGAGAAUACACACUGGAGAAAAACCUUUUUCCUGCUCAGAAUGUGGUAAAGGUUUUGCACGACGUAUCGCUUUGAACGUGCACAUGAGUAUACACACUGGAGAAAAACCUUUUUUCUGCUCAGAAUGUGGUAAAGGUUUUGCACAACGUAGCUCUUUGAAAGGACACAAGAGAAUACACACUGGAGAAAAACCUUUUUCCUGCUCAGAAUGUGGUAAAGGUUUUGCACGACGUAGCUCUUUGAAAGUACACAAGAGAAUACACACUGGAGAAAAACUCAAUAGCUGUUCAAUCUGUGGUAAAACCUUUGCAGAAAAAAGCCAUUUAAAAGUACACAUGACAACACACACUGGAGAAAAACCUUUUUCCUGCUCAGAAUGUGGUAAAGGUUUUGCACAACGUGUCUCUUUGAAACGGCACAUGAGAAUACACACUGGAGAAAAACCUUUUUCCUGCUCAGAAUGUGGUAAAGGUUUUGCACAACGUAGCUCUUUGAAAGGACACAAGAGAAUACACACUGGAGAAAAACCUUUUUCCUGCUCAGAAUGUGGUAAAGGUUUUGCACGACAUAGCUCUUUGGAAGGACACAAGAGAAUACACACUGGAGAAAAACUCAAUACCUGUUCAAUCUGUGGUAAAACCUUUUCAGAAAAAAGGCAUUUAAAAGCACACAUGACAACACACACUGGAGAAAAACCUUUUUCCUGUUCAGUAUGUGGUAGACAUUUCGCCCGGAAACGAUAUUUGGAUGAACACAUGCAACGACACACUGGAGAGAGAACAGUUUCCUGCUCAGAAUGUGGUAAAGUUUUUAUACACUUAUGUCAAUUAACAGUCCACAUGAGAACACACACUGGAGAGAAAGUGUUUAGUUGCAGUGUGUGUAAUGAAAGAUUUUCUUAUGAGAAGCAAUGUAAGAAACACAAGUGUGCUGGUGAGAACAGCAGCAGCAAAUGAAGAUGCAGGAUUUGAAA